AUGGCGACGUCGAGUCCGGAUCCCGCUCGCGAUGGGGAGUCCAGAGUCGGGAUGAUCAUCGCAGUCCUAGUUGUGGCGAGUGUUGUGUCCACGCUGGUCGUGCUGUUGAGAUGCUAUUCCAGAGCCAUCGUCCUACGGAACUUUGGAUUGGACGAUACCAUCAUCGUUCCCGCGCAGAUCCUGACGAUAGCGUCAGCGGUGGCCAUCGGUCUAGCAGAGGCCAAGUGGGGGCUGGGCCGCCACGCGUGGACGAUGCCGAAAGAACAUAUAAUAACAUAUAUGAAGGCAAGCCGCCGCAGCAACUGGUUCUUUUACAUCUCGAUCAUCGUCUAUAAUGUGGCGGUUUGCAUGACCAAGAUCUCCAUCCUCCUCCAAUAUCGCCGAAUCUUUUCCAGCACCUGGCUCCGACACCUUAUUAUCAUCGGCCUCGUCUUCCUCACAUGCUGGGGCGUCACGCUAUGCUUCCUCCUGCCCCUCGUUUGCAUCCCGGUCGCCGCCUUCUGGGAUCCCGACGUGGAGGGCUUCUGCCUCGAUAACGUCACCGUCUGGUAUGUCAUGGCGGGCGUCAAUAUCGCAACCGACAUCGCCCUGUUUUGCAUGCCGAUUCCCGUCAUCAGCACGCUCCGUCUGCCUAAGCGGCAAAAGGCGCUGCUGUUCUUCGUCUUCACGCUUGGUAUUUUCCCCUGCGCCGUCUCCAUCUACCGCAUCAAGACGCUACGCGAGGCCGCCAAAACCAGGGACGCGACAUGGCACAACGUCAACGCAGCCAUCUUCUCCUUCCUCGAGCUCAGCGUGGGCGUCAUCACCGUCUGCCUGCCCACCCUACGCCCCGUCCUCCGCCGUGCUUGGCCGCAAGCCUUCGGCCACGCCCUGCGAUCCUACACAAAUGGGGACUCCGAGGAGGGCGGGGACUCGACCGGCGGCAGCCCCAGCCGGAACCCGCUCAGGAGAGAGGAGAGCAGAGCGUCUGCCGCUGCCGCUACCAAGACCACCACCCUACGACGAUCCGACACCGACAGCACCGAGGGGCUGCGCUUCGACCACCCCAUUAGCAGCAGACUGGAACAUGACAUUGAGUUUGGGGACAUGAGUCCGUCGGAACACAACCCGGGCGCUCGCAGGUACAAUGUGAAGGAGUGGCAUCCGGAGUUGGAGCAUACUGCCAAUACUGCCAGUGAACCGCCGCCGCCGCCGGCGGACAGUGGCGGGUUGCCGAGGAUUCCGACUCCUGCGGUGCUGGCGGCGCGGAAGGGAUCGCUUGCGACGGUGGAGGAGGACUGGGGACGGGAGGUCGAGCGGGAGAUGGGCGCUGUGGGGUGA